CUGUCCUCCGCAAGUACCGAUUUUUCCCCCCUUCCGCCUCCCACCCAUGUUUGCUAGUUCUUCGCGUGGGGGUCCGGCCCCCAUGAGUCGGGGGUCUACCGGAGUCGGGAGCAAAUUCAGCCUGGAGGAACUCUACGGCCUGAACAAGAAGAGCAAGACGCGCGGGGGAGACGGCGGCCAGCGGCGAAGCCCCAAGAGACAGGGGGUCCCUCUGGGCUCGGAUGGGGAGGCCCUGAAUUCUCUCCAGAGAGCGGAGGCCACCAGGUGUUGCCUGGAGAAACGGCGGAUGGAGAGCUACCUCAUGGAGGCCGGGAUGACGGUGGAGGAAGCCGAGAGGAGCCAGAGCAGCAUGAGACACAGGAACCUCGGGAAGUCUGGUCUGCGUGUCUCCUGUCUGGGCCUCGGAACGUGGGUGACGUUUGGAUCCCAGAUCUCCGAUGAGGUGGCUGAAAACGUGCUCACCAUCGCUUACGAAAACGGGGUCAACCUCUUCGACACAGCCGAAGUCUACGCUUCUGGCAAAGCAGAAAAAACCUUGGGAAACAUCUUGAAGAGCAAAGGAUGGAGGCGUUCCAGUUACGUGGUUACCACCAAAAUUUACUGGGGAGGCCAGGCUGAGACGGAAAGGGGCUUAUCACGGAAACACAUCAUUGAGGGGCUGAAAGGGUCCCUGCAGAGACUUCAACUGAGCUACGUCGACAUCGUCUUUGCCAACCGGAUGGAUGCCAACAGCCCCAUGGAAGAGGGCGACCUGAAUUUCCGAGUAUUCUUGCUGGAAGAGAUCGUCCGAGCCAUGACUUACGUGAUCAACCAAGGCAUGGCCAUGUACUGGGGGACUUCUCGCUGGAGCGCCAUGGAGAUUAUGGAAGCCUACUCGGUAGCUCGGCAGUUCAACCUCAUCCCUCCCGUCUGCGAACAGGCGGAAUAUCAUAUGUUCCAGAGAGAAAAGGUGGAAACUCAGCUUCCAGAGUUGUAUCACAAGAUAGGUGUAGGAGCUAUAACUUGGUCUCCACUGGCGUGUGGACUCAUCACGGGAAAAUAUGAAGAACACGUGCCGGAGAACUGCCGGGCAGCCAUGAAGGGGUACCAGUGGCUGAAGGAGAAGCUGCAGAGCGAAGACGGGAAGAAGCAGCAAAGCAAAGUGAAAGCGCUGCAGCCCAUCGCCGAACGCCUGGGCUGCACCGUGGCACAGCUGGCCAUUGCCUGGUGUCUUCGCUCGGAAGGGGUCAGCUCCGUGCUUCUGGGGGUCUCUAGCGCCGAGCAGCUCAUCGAGAACCUGGGAUCCAUUCAGGUCCUCACCCAGCUGACCCCUCAAGUCACCCAGGAAAUCGACGCAGUCCUGGGGAACAAACCCAACGCCAAGAAGGAGUCCCGGGCGUAGUACGGCUGCCGUGGACACCCCGCCACCGGACUUGCCUCCUUCCUGCUCCUCCGUGGACCCCCGUGUCCCGUGUGUGUCGUCCCGCGCCCGCCCGCCUGCCCGCCACCCACCAGCUGCUGCCUUCGACAAAGGCGGGAGUGGGCCGAGAGGAGCCGCUUUGCGCAUGAACCAAAUAUCCGUAUUCUUCCAAGACAGGUGAAGCGGGAAAGCUUCAUCCUGGCUCUCCGCGGAGGCCUGCUUACAGUCUCGAGUUCAAAUCUACGGCAUGAGCAAACUCGCGCUUUGGUAGGGCUGACCACCUACCCACCCACCCCCAACCGCCUUGGCCUGGCUGGGCCGGUGCCCGGGGUGCUGCGACCCCUUUCUGUACAGGGGAGGGCCUGGCUUCCUCCAAAGGGGUUGUCGGAAGUGUGGGGGGGGAACAAGCUAGAGAAAUAAGCACAAUUUUGGUCUAAGAGGACCUCGAUCCAUCUGGGGUGUAAGAUAACCUCGAUUGACCUGCAACCCACUGUCCCUCGCGUGGGAUCCCCGACGCCCCCAUUUCUCUCGUUUCCGUGGCUUUGUGGCACGCGGCGAGCUGCUUUCCCCGAUCGGGGGUCUCCUUUCGGGAUAUGCCGGAGGGGAGAGGGGGGGAAACGGAUCCCGGAGGCCGUAGUCCCAACGCGCGUCUGAAAGGCGCCAGCUCAAGGCACCACAAAACCGUCCCAAUUUUGCAAUACAAAUCCGGGGUGAACACCAGCAUUGUCGUAAGAGAGGCAUUGCCCCAGGGUUAGAUUGGCCUAAAUCAGGACAAAAAAUCCCGCACACGGUGGAAGAAAAACAGACACCCCAAUUUAAUUUUUUUCUGAGUUUGCCUUUUUUUUCUGAUCAGUAUUUUUUUUGGGGGGGGUGGGGUCUUCCUGGUUCUUGGUCAGUCACGACCUGCUGGCUUGCGGCCCGAUCUCAGAAGCCAAAGGGUUCCGGCUUGAGAAAGGUUUGGGGAUGGGAGACCACCAGGUAUCUCAAGGCAGGGGAAAGCCGUCCCCCAGAAGAAAAGGGACAAGGGACUUCCGUCUGGUUGUCAGGACUUGAAGGACGUCCCCGUCUCCGGGUUCUGGGAGUUGAGGUUUCACCCGUCGGAAAGCGGCCAGCUUGGGAAACUGAGCUGGUUCGUGACAGAGGGAUUGGGAUUCCCUCUGCCGGCAUCGGCAGGAAAGGAAAAUUGGCUCUCCUGCGGCAGGGAUCGGUUGGGAGGGAAGAGAGUUUAUGACCUUCCUCCUGGGACGCACGUUCCCCCCCUC